AUGACGACAGAUGCGCCAGCAGCCAUGGAUGCCAAUGAGAGUCUGAGAAUGAUCACCCUUCAUGUUCUUUGUCCAUCGCUUCCUUCUCCCAACCGUUUCACCUUCAGAGACUUGUCGCUUUCGGCCACUAUUGGACAGCUCAAAGACAAAAUAGCACAGUCCAUCCCAGGUCGACCUACGCCAGAAAACCAGAGAUUGAUCUACAGUGGAAGACGUCUCCCCAAUGAUGAUGCGACGCUCCAGGAGGUCUUUGAACCUGCAGAGGCCUCCGAAUACUCCCUGCAUCUCGUCCUCCCACCAGUGCCAGCACCUACAGUGUCAUCUGCCUCUGUUUCGAACAUGUCGACUCUAACCAAUCAAAACUUAUUCGGACAACGAAACUCAUUCCAGUCAUCCACUGGUGCGGCGCCAUCCACGUUGGCCCAGGCAGCUGAAGGAAUCCGGUAUCGCGGACAGGCAACCUCGACCAGAACAAAUAGUACAGCACAGAGAAGCUUUCCAGAAUCACUUCAACAUUUGUUGAAUGAGCGGCCUACUUUUGGGCAUCCGCACAAUGAAACAAAUUCAUCACGCCGAAUCAAUACUGGAGCCUCGCAUGAAAACUUGGGCACCACUUCGCUGCUAUCUAGUCACAAUAACACGCAAACUGCGGCACCUUCAACUACUUCAUUCGGGUCUACGAUGACUUCGGUCCCAAGUUUCUCCUCGCUCGGCUACAGCACUUUCCCCGCACGACCCCCCACUCCAAGCGAUGAACGCGAAAUCCUUAAUACUGCGCUCUGGCAGAUUGUUGAUUUCGAGAAUGACUUGCACCGGGGUGCCAUGCCAUUGAUUGAGCGAGUCAUUCACAUACGAACCCAGCUGCUGGAACUUCAAGACCGUCGUGUUCGAACCCGCUCCCGAACCUCAGGCGAGGUUGAAUCGCUUCUCUCGCGAAUCCUCAACAUUUACCAGCGAGCCGACCAGAUUCAAACUCAGACAGCCCAGAUGCCUUCUCUAAACUUCAACCGGCUGUCCGAAAGAUCCAAUUUUUACUCUCCCCCACACCCCUUGUUCAUGGUGACAUCGCCGAACGGGUACCAAGGUCUGGUCACGCCCCCAAAUACACAGAACUACGUUCCUUCCUCAGUUUCCGUGCCAUCACCCGCGGUACAGCAGCCCCAAGCAGUGCCUCUUGACGGAACCACUCCUGGUCCCGCCGCUGCACCCGAAGCACCCGCCAACCCCAAUGCCGCAGCCAUCGAAAAUGCCGUCCGCCGAGCGGCGCUGAACCAGCCGCGACGCAACAACAACAACAACAACAAUGCCGAGCAGCCUGGCCUAGCCCAUCACAUGCGGCGCAUCUGGCUUUUCGUCCGCCUGUAUUUCUUCUGUUACAUGAUCAGCGAGCCGGGAACCUGGACGCGUAUUUUCUUUGUCAGCCUUUCUCUUCUCGCGGCGCUCUUCUCCGAUACCGACGUUCCGCAGCAGCUGCUCAGCACAAUCGUCGGCCCAGUUCAGCGCCAUCUUGAAAACCUCGUCCAGCCUGCGCAGCAGCCCGCUCCGGCUGCUGCAGACCCGAAUGCCGGCGGGCCGGCCAAUGAACUCUGGACCCAGCUCCGUCGCGUCGAGCGCUGGCUCGUGCUCCUGCUCGCAAGCCUGGUUCCAGGCAUCGGAGAACGCCAGGUCGAGGCUCGCAACGCAGCCGAGGCUGCUCAAAAUGCCGAACGUGCGCGCCAGGAAGAGCAGGCGCGUGAGCGCGAUGACCAGGCUGCCAAUGCCGCCAACGACGCCAAUGCUCCCCCGCAGCCUGAUCCCUCGACCAACCAACCCCCUCCUGAACAGGCUGGGCUCCCUGAGCGCGCCCAUUAA